AUGGAUGCGCAGAAAUCAUCGACUUCAAUUCGUCUCUUACCGGAGAGAUUCUUCAUCCUCGCCGGUGAAUUCAGCGACAAUAAAACGGAAAACCAUCUAUUGAAGCUCAGCUUUGAGUCGGAAAAUGGACUGACACCACUUUCCAUCACCUCCAGAAUGCACAGCUUUUGGAAAAAUCAAGUGUCCUUGGCGGCUAUCGAAGAAGUGAAAUUCCUUAAUGGAAUCGUGAUGAACGACACGUUGCCCAGUCCGCUAAAAGACUCAAACCAUUUUGAUAUUCGGAUUCGUUUUCUCGAGAAACAAAUCCAGAUCUUCUUCAAUCAAGGCGAAAUUGGGACUUACCCCAAGCCGGACUCGCUUGCAAAGGUUAAGGGAAAGAAUAAGAACCCUGAUGUGAAAAUCGAUCUCGAGGACUUUUUAAAGGACUUGAAGAAUGGACGAGUGAAAAGGCAGGCUGUUAGG